AUGUCUACGCAACCUGAAAAGGAUCAGAAAGUUGAAAUAUCGGAGGAUGUGUUUGGACACAAAUUAGAUUAUUGCAUGGCUGAUUCCGCGUUAAAAAUUGCAAGUGGUGCAGCAAUUGGGACAAUCGUAUCGUUGGUUUUUUCGCGAGCGAAGAAAACAUGGCCUAUUUGGCUUGGAACUGGUAUUGGUAUUGGUAUGGGGUGGAGCAACUGUAAGCACGAAAUGCAAAACCAAAGCUGGAAAUGCACCAUUACUAGGGAUUUGGACACUAAAACAAUUAAGCAUGAAUGCAAAGGUUCAUCAACAGGGUCGUUUGGAUCGUUUGGAUACUCUACAUUCUCUGGUGAAACAUCUAGUGAAACGAAGAAAUAAAUGCCUAUGAUAUUGUUGAAACGGGAAUUUUUGAUUAUAAUAUGAACAGAUGCCAGACAUAUAUUAGGAUUUUUCUCAAGGUAUAAUUGUUUUUUUUUGUUUUUUAAAGUCUAAAAUGUCAAAAAAAAUUAAAUAAAAUAUAUAC